AUGGUAUAUUUAAUCCUAUUCUUCCUUUUGGGCUUCUUCAACUCGUCAUUUCUAUCCCUUUCUUUGUCUCUUUCUCCAACACAUUUAUGUCGUCCCGAACAGAGUUCUGCAUUGCUGAAAUUCAAGAGCAACCUUUCCAUUUCCGUUUCCAUUUAUAAAACUCAUUGUUUAGGAGAAGUUCACAUUCCUUCUCACAAGACGGAUUCUUGGGAUGAAGGUCCUGACUGUUGCAAAUGGAAGGGUGUGGUGUGUGAUAACAAGAAAGGCAAUGUGAUCGGCCUUGAUCUCAGUUGUCGUGGACUAAUUGGUUCUCUCCAAUCAAACAGUUCCCUCUUCUCACUUCAAAACCUUCGAUGGCUCAACCUUGCCGGAAAUUAUUUCAGCAACUCUAAAAUCCCAUCUGAGUUUGGUAAGUUGAGGAGUCUAACUUAUCUCAAUCUCUCUCUCACUGGAUUCACUGGUUUUGUCCCACCUGAAAUCUCUCUUUUGUCAGAACUAGUUUCACUUGAUCUCAGUCUGAAUCCUCUUUUGUUUAGGAACCAUGAUUUUAACAUGCUUGUCCAUAACCUUAGAAAAUUAGAAAAUAUGGUCCUUGACCGUAUGAAUUUGUCUCUGAAACAAAUUGGAGCAGUCCCCUUAGGUUGUUGGAUGUUUCAGAGACAAGCUUUUCAAAAGGGUUACCCGACUCAAUUGGUAACCUUAAAACACUUGAAAACACUCGGCCUUUCUCAUUGUGUUUUUACGGAGUUCAUCCCUUCAGCACUUGGAAACCUCACAAAAAUCACCUUCUUGGAUAUCUCAGGCAACAUGUUCCAAGGGCAAAUUCCUGAUGUUUUUGGGAACUUAAACGAUCUAAGUUUCAUGGAUUUUUCCUCUAACAAAUUCAGCGGUGUCUUCCCACCAUCAGCAUUUAACCUCACCAGCCUUACCUUCAUGGACUUCUCUUCCAAUUUCCUUUAG